ACACGGUGGCAUUGGACUCACUUUUACGGACUUAACGUAGUGGGGAAUUAGCUGCAACCUUCAUCAUGCCGUCAAAGCCUGCCCCCAUCAAGAAGGCGGCUAAGAAAGAACCAGCCAAGAAGGAGGAGGAGAAGGCCCCAGAGCCAGCGCCCGCACCGGAGCCCGCGCCCGCCGAGGCAGCCCCAGCCCCUGCUGAGGGCGAGGCCGCACCUGCCGAGGAGGCCCCCGCCGCCCCUCCAGCUGAGGAGCCCAAACCCCCCACCCCUCCACCCGCUGAUGCUGCUCCAACUGAAGAGGCUGCUGCUCCUGUGGCUGCAGAUGAACCCGCCUCAGAUGCUGCUGCUCCUGUUGCUGCAGAUGAACCCGCCUCAGAUGCUGCUGCUCCUGCUGCUGCAGAGGAACCCGCGGCCGAUGCUUCUGCACCUGCUGCAGAGAUUCCACCAGCUGCCACAGACGCCGCUGAGGCUCCCGCUGAUGCUGCUGCCGCUCCAGCCGCAGACGAAGCUGCUCCUGCUGCUGAGGCUCCUGCUGAUGCUGAAGCUGCUGAGGCGCCUGCACCAGAGGAGCCUAAAGCCCCCACCCCUCCUCCUCCUCCACCCAAAGAGCCCACCAGCGCUCCCGUUGAACUGUUCAUUGAGGACAAGAAUGACACGUCUGUCACCAUCAUCUGGAGCCAGCCGGAGAACAUCGGGCUGUCUGGUCUGGAUGGAUACACCAUUGAAAUCUGCAAGGAAGGAACCGAGGACUGGAAAGCUGUCAACGAGGACUUGCAGAAGUCCUGCCGCUACGUCAUCAAGAACCAGACCACUGGUGACCGCCUGAAGAUCCGCGUGGUGGCCGUGAACGCCGGGGGCCGCAGCCCCCCCGUCACCCUCCCCGAGGCCGUCCUGGUGAAGGAGAUUGCUGAUCGUCCCAAGGUUCGUCUGCCUCGUUUCCUCAGGCAGAGAUACGUCGCCAACGUUGGAGACAAGAUCAACCUGACCAUCCCCUUCACAGGUAAACCCAAACCUGUGGUCACCUGGACAAAGGACGGUAAGCCCCUGGACGCCAAGAGGGUGAACAUCCGCAGCAGCGAUAGAGACAGCAUCCUGUUCAUCCGUACGUCCGAGAGAGACGACUCCGGCGUGUACGAGAUGUGCGUGAAGGUGGACGACUUCGAGGACAAGGCGUCGCUCAUCCUUCAGAUUGUCGAGCUGCCGGGACCUCCUGCCACCAUGAAGAUUGUUGAUACCUGGGGCUUCAACGUGGCUCUGGAGUGGACUCCACCAGUCGACAGUGGAAACACAGACAUUAAAGGUUACACGGUGCAGAAAGCCGACAAGAAGACUGGAGACUGGUUCACUGUGCUGGAACAUUACCACAGACUGAAUGCCACCAUCUCUGACCUCAUCAUGGGCAACACCUACAAGUUCAGAGUGUUUGCAGAAAACAAGUGUGGACUGAGUGAGACCGCUGCCGUGACAAAGGGGGAGGCCAAGAUCCUGAAGACAGGUAUCGACUACAAACCUCCCAAUUACCAGGAACGUGACUUCACAGAAGCCCCGAAGUUCACCACCCCCCUGAGCGACAGAGCCACCACUGUCGGCUACAGCACCAAGCUGCUCUGCUCCGUCAGGGGAGAACCAAAGCCCAAGGUUCAAUGGAUGAAGAACCAGAUGAUUAUUGGAGACGACCCCAAGUUCAGGCAGAUCUGCGUCCAGGGUAUCUGCUCUCUGGAGAUCCGCAAGCCUGGUAACUUUGACGGUGGCGUGUACACCUGCAAAGCCAUGAACAAACACGGAGAAGCAACUGUCUGCUGCAAGCUGGAGGUCAAACAGGCGGCGGUUCCGGAUGCAGCCAAGAAAUAGGUCAACGUUCUCAUCAUUACAGGAGCAGAAGGAAUGAGGCCUUUGCAGCAUAAGGAAGGUGCUGGAUUCCUGGCAGAACAUGUAUAUAUGGCUGGUGACCACUCUACACGAGGGUUGUUGCCUGUGACCUCUGACAAGUGUCGCCCGAUGUUGUGAUAAACGUUUGUUGUCGCUUUGUGCCUUUUCACUACAUUAUCAAGUCCACAUCCAUGUCCACUAUCAGCUUUUUCCCCAACGAUUCUGUCUUUGGUCAAACCUCCCUGGUUUUUCACUCCGUCAGUGUGACCAGGGAUACAGAAAUAUCACAGCAUGAAUUCACUGUUCCUCAUUGGAGAUCUACAUGUAACAUCGACGUGUUUAUAUCAAUAAAUAAUUUAAUUUCUG